GCCAUAUGAUGAAUCGGGUCCGUGGACCAAUACAACUGCAAUUCAUUUUUUUUUAGUAAUGCCCAUGUUGAGGGUUUGGCUCAAAAAACCUUUAAAUUCGGAAGCCGUAAUGGGUUUCCAUGCGAAUUGUCUGGCAAGGUUUGAAUCUGGGCUGGUGGCGAUAAACUGUUGUGCAUAUAAAUUGCUUUGAUCCACAAGCCAUGCAUACAGAUCCUCUAUGAAAAACAGCUCCAAAAAAUCAAGGGGAGUAGUUAAAUUUGCUGUUUCCACCUGGAUUCCGGGUUGGGCAGUGAAUGGGGGAAAUACGGGUGCUGCAGAAUUUGUGGGCUGCCAAUCGGGAUUUGCAAGCACGUCCGGAAGGAUACUAUGGGCUCACCACUGCUGGUAUGUGAAAGACCAGGACAUACUAGGCCGCUGGUGCUCGCCAGUUCAC